AUGAGCACUAAAUACAAACAAGAGAUGCCGCCAGCUGGUGGCUAUCGAAAAUUCAACUGGAAUCGGACGUUCCCCAAGGUGUUCUGGAGACCUGGUGUAGUUGUGGGCGUUGUAUUUGGCACGUCAGUUUACGGCGUCUUUCAAGCUUUCGCUAACAAAAAGCAUCUGAUGACUGAGAAAUUCGAAGACGUUGACAUUCAAGCUGCGAUGGAGCCGUUCCUAACAGCUGAAAGAGAUCGAUACUGGCUUCGACUGCUGAAAAAAAACCGAGAUCUUGAAAACGAAGUGAUGAAGGAUGUUCCAGGUUGGAAAACUGGCACAUGGUACGGUGAGCCAGUAUAUUUCACACUGGGUGACAAAUGGUGGGAUCCGGGAAUGAAUGAAGUGUUCGCACAUUCCGAGCGUCAUACUUUAAUGAAGGAACAUCUGUGGCGUCAUCACUCAGAAUAUGCAGCGCCCAAAUUUUACGACCGCUGGAUUCCGAAAUUCAUCGAUAAAUAUACGUGGUAG